AUGGCGGAGGGUGGACCUGAACAAAAGCGAAAGAAAUCUGGACAUAAGUGCUGUUCUGCCGCACAGUGCAAGAAUAGAAGUGACAACAGAGAUGAUGUUACCUUCCACCAAUUCCCUGCGAACGAUGAAACGAGCCUAACUGGACAUCGGCGAGAUCUUAAGAAAGGAUCAAUACCAUCUAUUUUUAAGUGGAAGAAAGAGGUUCCUGACCAUCGUGGCGUGCGUUUGGAAGAAAGGACUAAGCGAAUUGAAACAAACAAAAAAGAAAACUUUAUAAAGAUCACAAGUCAAGUCGAGCCAAUUCAGUACAGUUCACAACAUUCAGGUCUUAAUUCAGUUGAAGAUGCCUAUAUACCACAGCUCCAAAAUGAAAUUAAGGAGCUGGAGGAGCAAAUUACUGCUCUAAAACUUGAAAUUUUCAAAUCAAAGGAGAGGGAAAGGAUGUCAAAGUUUGAUCUCGAAAGAUUUUCUGGCAGUGAUGAGGAUAUCAAUUUUUACACUGGAUUUGCUGACUCACAAACACUCCUAAAACUGGGGAAUUACAUAAAUAGUGAUGCAUCAAAACUCAUAUACUACAGCUAUGUCAGAGACAGGACAGAUUCAAUCAGUAGUGUUGACACAUUUCCAUAUCUUAAUAAAAUGAGUAAGAAAUUUGACAGCCAUGUUGGUGCAAAACAUUCAUUGAAUCCAGUAGAUGAAUUCUGGUUGUUCCUCUAUCGAAUUCUACUAGGUCUUUUUAAACGUGAUUUAGCUCACAGAUUCAACAUUUCUGUGUCUUCUGUAUCAGACAUUAUUAUUACUUGGAGCAAUUUCUUGUAUGUUGUGCUUAGAAGUUUCCCUUGUUGGUCAACAAGACAAAAAAUUAAAGAACAUUUACCAGAAGCUUUCAAGGGGAGGUUUGAAUCUAUAACAUAUAUAAUUGAUUGUACAGAGAUAAAAGUUGAAAAGCCCCUAUGCCUUGAAGCACAAAGUGAACUUUACUCUGAAUACAAAUCACACAAUACCUACAAAGAACUUGUUGGAAUUUCUCCAAAUGCAUGGGUUACAUUUGUGAGUCAGUUGUAUGGAGGCAGCAUCUCUGACAGAGAACUUGUAGAAAAGUCUCACCUGAUUGAUCUGCUGGAGCCUCCUGAUCUCAUCAUGGCUGAUCGUGGCUUUGACAUCCAAGAUCUUUUAGCUCACAAGAGAGUCAAACUGUAUAUCCCUCCCAAAAGGCAGUCUACUCAAGACCAAUUCUCCAAAGAAGAGUGUUUUGAAACAAUGAGCAUUGCAAAUGUCAGAAUACAUGUGGAGCGAGCAAUCAGACGUGUAAAGGGUUGGCAUAUUUUUGAUCAAGUAUUGCCUUUAGCUAUGAAUGGUGUUGUCAAUCAGAUCUGGACAGUUUGCUCUUUAUUAGUCAACUGGCAAAAAACAGCUCUCACUGGUUAA